AUGUUAAAGAUUGGUCACAUGGGUUACUGCAUAAUCAUCAUGGCGCUUUAUUGGAUGACGGAAUGCCUUCCUUUGGCUGCUACAGCCCUCCUCCCUAUCCUUCUCUUCCCGCUCUUUGGUAUCCAGAAGUCAAAAGAUGUUUGUAGUAACUAUCUCACAGAUACCAACACUGUCUUCUUCGGGGGUUUGAUGUUGGCUGCAGCUGUGGAACGCUGGAACCUGCACAAGCGAAUCGCUCUCCGAGUUCUGAUGCUUGUUGGUGCUAAUUCUAGAAGGUUGAUGCUGGGCUUCAUGUUAACCACGGCUUUUUUAUCAUUAUUCAUGACCAACACGGCAACGACUGCGAUGAUGAGCCCCAUUGCUCAGACUGUCCUCAACGAACUCAAAUCUAACAAACACAAUGAAGAGAUUGGAGAAGAUAUGGAAAAAAAUGUCGGAAAUUCAAAUGCAAUUGCUGCUGAGGCAAGUACUGGUUUUCAACAUGGAAUAGAGACUGAUAUCCAACUUGAUGAAAUUGCAGAUGGCGACAAAGUAUAUUCCCCCAUUUCGUUAAGCCCUAUUGAUUACAAAAAUGUUGAUUUGUUAUUGGACAAAAACCGGUUUACGAGGGAGAAUCGCAGCGAGCGGGGACAUCGUCUUCUUUGCAAGGGGAUCACUCUCUCCGUCCCGUAUGCAGCCGGCAUCGGUGGCAUAGCGACCCUGACGGCAACCGGUCAAAAUGUGGUACUUAAUGUGCAAGUUGAAACACUCUUUGGAUCCGAGGCUGGUCUUAACUAUGGUACCUGGAUGAUGUUUGCAUUCCCUGGCAUGGUUGUCUGUCUUUUCAUCUGUUGGAUCUGGCUACAAAUUAUGUACCUUGAUUUCUUCUGUCUGAAGAGGAGUGAUAAGGAAGUCGGCAAAGAACAAGAAGAGCGAGCGAAAAUGGUGAUCCAGAAAAAUUACACGGCUCUUGGUAAAAUGUCGUUUGCUGAAUGGGCUAUUCUUGGUCAUUUGGUGGUCUUAGUCUGUCUUUGGCUGACGAGAGAUCCUAAGUUUGUCAGUGGCUGGUCUAUAGGCUUCCUAAAAGGGUACGUCACAGAUGCUACUUCUGCUAUAUUCAUCUCCUUGCUCCUCUUUGCCUUCCCAUCAAGGCUUCCUACAUUUUUGUGCCGAAGAAAUCGAGACGAUGAUCUAGGUGAUGAUGAAGAAGCCCAGAUAUCACCCCUGCUAACUUGGCCUGUCGUACAGGAGAAGAUAGCAUGGAAUAUUAUUAUUCUGAUUGGAGGUGGAAUGGCCCUUGCUGAUGGCUGUAAGGUAUCAGGACUCUCCACGUGGUUAGGAACGGAAUUGUCGGUAUUUUCUUCACUAACUCCUUUGGCAUUAUAUUUUAUCAUCUCAACAAUCGUAGCUAUCUUCACAGAGAUUUCAAGCAACACAGCGACCGCCACCAUUUUUUUACCCAUCUUUGCUGAAUUGGCCAUCAGUCUUGAAAUCCACCCGCUAUACCUGAUGAUAGCAGCACUCAUUGCGUGCUCCACAUCAUUCAUGUUACCAGUGGCUACCCCACCAAACGCCAUAGCAUUCGCACACGGCAACCUUUCAGUACUUGAUAUGGUGAAUGCUGGUAUAGUGAUGAAAAUCGUAUGCAUCCUGGUAUUCAGCCUUAGUAUCAAUACUCUAGGUGUGUGGAUCUUCGAUGUCAAUACCUUCCCUGUUUGGGCUAAUGGAACGACAUCUGUAACAACUUCCACGACAACAUAAUCGUCUCCAACACGAAGUGUUGAUCUGAUUGCAGGAAACAAGACCAACAUCUAACUAGACAGGAAGAUUUAUCGACCCUUGGCUCAUUCAUUCUCUGUUGUGAGAAAUAGAUCAAGGGCUUCUCCCAGGAUUCAAACUCAAUUUUCAGACAUCCCCGCUUUCAAAGAUUUAGGGUCCAGACGUCAGGCCGGCAUUAUGAUUACCGCAAUGCGAUCAACUUUUAGAGAGUUUCAUGUGUCCUCUCAACUGGUCUAUUUCCAAUUGGUCUAAUGCUAUUCGUCCAAUUACCAACUCUACAAUCAUCUGGUCUUCCAUCAGUUCGUCCAUUAUCCACAUAGUCUAAUUGCCAUUUCGUCCAAUCAACAUUUCCUCUAAUAUCCAGUUGGUCCAAUAGCCAUUUUAGUCCAUAUAGACCUUUAGUAAUUGGUUUAAUUGAAGUGUCAAUUGGCUAAAUAAAUGAAAAUAAAGUGGAUAUUAGACCACUGGUUAUGAGACGAAAUGGUAAUAGACGAAUUGGUGAUUAGACGAAGUGAUUAUUGGACCAAAUGGUUAGUGGACUGAAAUCUUGUUAGACGAAACGUUGAUGGACGGAAUGGCAUUAAACAGUAGACGAAUUUCACCCUGUCAACCCACGAGACUGAAAAUGGAGAUCACAGGCUGAUGUCGACCUGUGUGUGGGGAUUUUUGUCCGUUUCUAGACCAUCCUAGUACAUUUUCUUUGUAUGCUCCCGACUCUACAACGGGGAAUAGAUUUGUGGGUUAAUAAAUAUUACAUAAAAACACCAUUUAUCGUCGGCUUAUAUAGGCAUGGAUAUUUAUUUCAUAUUUCCUGGAAAUCGUGGAAAUUCUGUUUUGAUUUCAGAAAAUCAAGGGAUUGUUUAAC